AUGGGCAAGCCUCUGAUGCGCAUCCCAUACACGGACGUGCUGCCAGCGCCAACGAUAAGGCCGCCCAGCGCCGGGACGUUCACGGGCGCGCUCGCGGCGCUGCACGACUUCUUCGCGGCGCCGGCGCGCGGGGGGCUGCCUGCUUCGACGGCAGUGCUCACGGGCGCCGGCCUGUCCGUGGCCAGCGGGCUGGCCGACUACCGGGGCACCAACGGGACGUACCGCGUCAACAAGACGUACCGGCCCAUCUACUACCACGAGUUCCUGGCCAGCCACGAGGCGCGGAAGCGCUACUGGGCGCGCAGCUACCUGGGGUGGUCGGCGCUGCACAAGGCCCAGCCCAACGCCGGCCACCAUGCCGUCGGGGACCUGGGCCGACUGGGACUCGUGUCGGGCGUCAUCACGCAGAACGUCGACUCAUUUCACGCCAAGGCUCAUCCCGAGAUACCGACGCUUGAGUUGCACGGCUAUCUACGCUCGACAAUAUGUACAUCGUGCUGGAACGAGUUCCCCCGCGAGGCCUUCCAGGACCAGCUGGCCAAGCUGAAUCCCCUCUGGGCCGCUUUCCUGCUUGAAGCCAUGGCCUCGGGCGCCCUCGACACCGAGGACCCCGCCGAGAAGCGCGCCCGCGGCAUCCGGAUGAACCCCGACGGCGACGUCGAGGUCCCCGAGGCCCCCUACACCACAUUCCGCUAUCCAGCCUGCCCAACGUGUCUGACGAGUCCGCCACCCCUCGCCGACGGCACCAAAGUCGUGGUCGAAGUCGACCGCGACGGGGCGUGGAGCCCAGCAAGCAACGCCGGAAUCCUCAAGCCGGCCGUCGUAAUGUUUGGUGAAAGCAUAAGCCACAGGGUUAAGCACGAGGCCGAAGAGGCCAUCGACGGCGCUGGACGACUCCUCGUUCUCGCCACGUCGCUCGCAACCUACUCGGCGUGGCGGCUAGCAAAACGAGCCAAAGACAGGGGCAUGCCAAUUGCUAUCGUAAACAUGGGGGGCGUGCGGGGCGAGGAUGCCUUCUUCGCCGGCCUGGACCCCCAGCAGCUGGGAGGCCAGGGGCUGAGAGUGGAGAUGUCGACCGAGAGCCUGCUACCGGCUCUCGCGGCAGAACUGCGUCGGUGUGGCUUUCGGGGGACGUCAAGCCCUCUACCUACCGGCGCUAAUGCCGGGGUUGCGCAGCUGAAUCAGAGCGACAGCGCAGCUCCGUUUAAAGACAUGCUAUCGUAG